AUGGGUACAACUGUUACAGAAGAUGUCUUCUUGUACAUCCGGCCGCGCAACUACAAGUCGGAAUUGCCCUCAUGCGGUGCAAGCCCUACAUUCACUCUCUCUUUUGAGAUAUCAAACGAUGACAAGCCUUUGCAUGCAGACAAGACAGAAAACAAACAACCAGAUGUGCGCAUGUGUGUGCGUAACGAGAAGCAGGAAUCGCCAAGUUUGUCCUUAGGCUGUGCCAGUUGUUUCCUGUUGGUAUGUUGUCAGGCUCGGUGUCAUCUCUUCCCCAAAUGGGCUGGUUGCCCUGGCGUCUCAUCUCCUCGCCAAAGGCGCCUGAGUCGAAACGGCCUGAGGCCUUCUGUUUUGUGGCGUUGGGGUCCUGUAGACAGUUGGCCGGUGAAAACUCUCCAGCCAACGCAAGGGGGAACUGAUUACCGCCAUGACGACGAGGUUAUGUGUGUAUGUGUGUGCUCGAGGGCGGCAGCUCUUGAGGCAUUGCCUCGACGGCAGGUGGUGUCAGGAUGUAUGAUAAAUGCGUAUCGGCUCGGGCCCGGGGACACCCACCUUGUCAGGACGAAUUGCAAAGAUCAGUUCGGUUGGUGCCGGUGCUGGUGCUGGCGCUGGUGCGGGUGUGACAACCAACUGCCGGGGUCAUACUGCCCUUUUGGGACAGGCCGUGGAAGUGUACACAGCCGAAACUAUCCCACUCGAUGUCUUAUGUCCGGCUACAAUUGCCGCAACUUAUUCUGCUUGGAAUACUUCGCGUCCAACCACACACACAUACACAUACACAUACACAUAAACACACACACACACUCACAUCUAAUUCGACGCCAGUAUUAG